AUGAAUAAUCCCCAUGUUGUUCCCAUUCUCCCUUCGGAACUCGUGGAGGAAAUCAUUUCACGGCUUCCCGUGAAAACCCUAAUGCAACUCAUAUCCGUUUCCAAGUCAUGGAAAUCACUCAUCAUCGAUGAUCCAAAAUUCGCGAAAUUGCACCUCAAGAAUUCGCCCAAAAAGACGCACUUCAUCAUCAAUUUUGAAGAUGAGAUCGAUUACAUUGACGUGGAUACUUGUUUCAUUUCGUGCUCCGUGCAGCGUUUUCUAAAGGAGCCUUCAUCCACAGUCGACGAAGGCAAGUGCUACCGUUUGAAGGGAACAAAUUCAGUUGUUGGCUCCUGCAACGGCUUGGUUUGUUUGGGAAACUUUUAUGAUGUUGCCCUAAUUAAAGAAUUUUGGGUCCAGCUCUGGAACCCUGUUAUGCGCUUGAGUUCUAAGAAGUCACCAACCUUGAAAAUCAACUCGCAGACUGAAGAGUUUGGGCCAUGUGAUAAGAUGAAUUAUGGGUUCGGCUAUGAUGAUUCGCAUGAUGCGUACAAGGUGGUGGUGGUGUUUUGGAAUUGCACUGAGCAGAAAAUGGAGACAAUGGUUCAUUGCAUGGGUGAUAGUUGUUGGAGAAAAAAAUCCAGCGAUCCUAACUUCCCACUUCUGCUGAAACAAGUCAAUGGUCAGUUUGUGGGUGGUUGCCUUAACUGGUUAGCACUUGACAAGGUGAAUGAUCUCAACUAUCAAUGGAACAAUGUUACUCUCAAGAACUUGGUGAUUGUUUCUUUUGACAUGCGUGAUGAGAUAUAUAAAUUUAUAUCACUGCCCGAGGGUGUUAGAGAUGUGCCUCAUGUCGAGCCAGAUCUUGGGAUUUUAGGGAAUCACAUGUGUCUUUUCCAUCACAGUAAAAGAGCUGAAAUUGUUGUGUGGCAAAUGAGAGAGUAUGGAGUUCAAAAGUCUUGGACUCAAUUAGUGAGAAUCGGUUAUCAGGAUCCACAAUGUGAUGAUUCUGUGCUUCGUCCGUUGUCGAUGUGCUUGUCUGAAGAUGGUGACUUUCUGUUGCUCACCUACGCUGCAGGGGUGGUAAUAUUCAUGUGUAAAUUAAGAGAUAAUAGUGUGGAGUAUACUGAACUUCCUGACAAAGAUUGGUUGAGUAUCAGUAGUUAUGUACCAAGUCUAAUUGCGCCUUAA